UACUGGGUUAAUCUACUGGGAACGUCUACCUGGAGAAGCUCGUCAACGGAAAUACGUCCAAGAGAGAUUUUACAGACUUUCAAGAUACCGAAAUGUUCCCGUCUCGACUGCUGGGAGCCAUCUGUCUGCUCGUCGCCCAAUUCUCCAGCAUUGGCAGGACCGCCUCAGAUGAUGCAAGACUCCUGCAGGUGACCAUCCCCAAGUCGCCACCAGCCUCUGCCAUUCUGGGUGGAUCCGUGGUGCUCCCCUGCCACGUGUCGCUGUCGCAGCCACCCCCGACGGUGGCCACGGUGGGCCGCCAUGCCGUCCUCACCCUUCCGCGGGUCAAGUGGAGUGUUUUGUCCGCGGAGAAAGAGACCGAGAUCCUGGUGGCCCGCGGCGACCGGGUGAAGGUGAGCGAGGCCUACAAGAGCCGGGCCUCGCUGCCCAACUACGCCACGUCCCCGUCUGACCUCACCCUGGAACUGGACGAGCUGCGACACAACGACACGGGAUUCUAUCGCUGCGAGGUCCAGCAGGGUCUGGAGGACGCCCAUGACCUCGUCCAGAUCAAAGUCAAAGGGGUUGUGUUUCACUAUCGACAUACAUCCAGCCGCUACGCCUUUUCCUUUGAUCAGGCACAGGACGCCUGCGAGGACAUCGGCGCCCAAAUCGCCACCCCUGAGCAGCUCUUGGCUGCCUACAACAGUGGAUACGAGCAGUGUGACGCAGGCUGGUUGUCUGAUGGCUCAGUCAGAUAUCCCAUUCAGAUGCCACGGGAGGGUUGCUUUGGGGACAUGGACGGAAUGCCGGGAGUCAGGAAUUAUGGAAUGCUCGACCCAGAUGAGCUCUAUGAUGUGUACUGCUACGUUGAGAACAUUCAAGGGGAGGUUUUCCACUCUGCCACACCCCAGCAGUUGACUUUGGCGGAGGCAAAGGCUUAUUGUGAAAGGCAAGGGGCAGAGUUAGCCACCACUGGCCAACUCUACGCGGCCUGGAACGACGGUCUGAACCACUGCAGUCCUGGAUGGCUGGCGGACGGCAGCGUCCGCUACCCCAUUGUGACGCCACGGGAACGCUGCGGUGGGCCCGAACCCGGAGUCAAGACUGUGUAUCGCUACAGCAACCAAACUGGAUUCCCCGAGCCUCACAUGCUUAAUGACGUUUACUGCUUCAGAGGCAAUAGAGGAGCUCAGACCGAAAGCCCAAGGGAGUACAUGGCCACCGAGCCAGAGAAUCGGGGCCAAGGCAUCGUCACCCUCUCGGAUCCCCUGGAGGAGUUCAGCUUGGGUCAAGUGACUGAGACAGUGGAGAAUGAGGCCCAGGGUGCCGUUGAAUCCUUUCCCGUUCUCAGCAAACAGCUCCCGGAAUUAGGAAGGGCAAUAGAGCCUCCUGCCACCAAAAUGCCCCUUCAGGAGGGUACUUUGGCUGGAGACCCGUUCAGUCCCACCACUCCGGCACCCAUCAACAUGGACACUUUCUCCACGCAUGACCCAUGGCAACAGGUGCACAUGCUCACCAAUCCUAUUGAUUUCGAAUCAGUGCCAGAAAUUUACCAGGAAACCAGCGACCCUGCCCAAGCUGGAGGUGACUCCCAGGAGAACGACACGUACGAUCGUUCGUCUGCAAUAACAGAUCAAACUCCACUGUAUCUGCCAACUGAACAAGAUGAACAUGGUUCUACUCCCACGCAUUACCAGCCAACACCUGAAACCAGCUCAGGAAAUGAAGAGUCCUCAGUGCUUUUCAACACAGGGGCCACAAGUGUACCAGAAACAACGGUACGGCCUUUGGUAUCAACAUUGGUGUAUGAGGUGUCAAGAGAGGCCAAAGGUUAUCAGACCACGCCAGAGACCAACCUGGGAUCAGCUAGUCCAUCGGAAUAUUGGGAUGAUAAUAUUAAAAUCAAUGAGGAUUCUGCCAGUCAUGAAAUGACAGAGUCCACUAGUGUAACUCAGGUCAAUCCCAACCAGGAGUAUGACACCUCAGAGGCAGUGACCUUUGAGGACAUGACGACACGACCCAUGGAGGACCUCACUGAUUCAACCCUUCUGGAGAACAACACAGAGCCUCCAUCCGCUGACCCAAUCAAAUCUCACGACCAGUCUGAAACGGAGGACACCGAUCAAACCGAGGCUCCAGCAAGUAGCGCUUUCAAGGAUGUUUCUGCUGUUCACGAGGACCAGAACCAAGUCCAAACUGUCCAACCAAGCCAGUCUUCCCUCAUGGAAGCCACCACCCUCCCUGCUCCCGCAGAGGGAUCUGGGGAUGAAGAUAUGGAGGUGAUGGUGCCCAAGUUCUCUUUCACAGAAGAUGCUGAGGAGGCAGAGGUAGAGGAGAACGGCACGGCAGCCUCGGUGGAGUCGGCGGAGCUGGUCACCCUGACCCCAGACGAUUACACCGACCACACGUCUCCCGACCACAUCCAGGUGACAACAGGCUUUGAUCAGGAGCAGUCUAGUGCACCAUCUCCAUAUUCCCCCACCACUGUAGACGUGGUGGAGCAGGAGGCAGGUGCGACAUCAGAAGAGUCCGUUUUGUUCCCAACUGAUCAUGACGGAGAGCAUUAUUAUAGCCUGACACCUACCAUAGCGGGCGAGACAGAGGGCGGCUCCGGCGAAGGCUCGGGGGCUCACGAUGACGACGACGUCGUCAUUUCAGUGACCCUGUUGACCUCCCCUGUGCCCUUCACACUUGCCACUCCGUUGGACACACGGCAGAUGGUGGAGGUUGCAUCUGGCACUCCGCGUAACCUGGAUGUCUUCAUACCAGAGAGAACCACCCUGUCCGCCUUGGGAGUGUCCCAGGGGUACCUAGAGAGGGUGGAGCAGGAGGGCUUGGGGGAAACUCCCGAUGUUCUGUACACCACAACCCCACAGUACUCAGAGACGACACUUAGCCACGAGGGGAGCGGCGAUGAGGGAAGCGAGUCAGAGGAAGAUGAGGUCGAGGAGCCUGUCCAGUCGUCUAGCGACACGUCUGUUCUUGGUCAGCACCCUGACAUCCUGCAGUUCAAUGCCACCUUUGCCCCUUCCCUAAACCUCACAGAGAGUGAGGACGAAGACUUCACAGGCCUUCUCGAGGACGUGAACGCCACUGGCAGUCUUGAUGCUCUGGCCACCACUGACACACUCGAAGCGGUAAGCACCACAGACAUGUCGCACAUUGAUGUGGAGGUCACUCUGCUUCCAGGUGAGACACAGACUCCAAUGUCAUCUACAGCACAGGAGUCUCGCUCCGACCUGGAGUUCAGUGGUCAGACUCACACCUCCACCACCUCAGGGGACCACCUGGACUCGUUAGACACGGAGUCCACCACCUCAGGGGACCACCUGGACUCAGCUGAGACAGACUCCACCACCACAGGGGAUUACCUGGACUCGUUCGCUGUGACAGUCUCCACCACCACAGGACAGUUCCUGGACUCGUCAGCUGAGACAGACUCCACCACCACAGGGCAGUCCCUGGACUCGUCAGCCGAGACAGUCUCCACCACCACAGAGCAGUCCCUGGACUCGUCAGCUGAGACAGUCUCCACCACCACAGAGCAGUCCCUGGACUCGUCAGCUGAGACAGUCUCCACCACCACAGAGCAGUCCCUGGACUCGUCAGCUGAGACAGUGUCCACCACCACAGGGCAGUCCCUGGACUCGUCAGCUGAGACAGACUCCACCACCACAGGGCAGUCCCUGGACUCGUCAGCUGAGACAGACUCCACCACCAUAGUGGGUUACCUGGACUCGUCAGCUGAGACAGACUCCAGCACCACAGUGGGUUACCUGGACUCGUCAGCUGAUACAGUGUCCAGCACCACAGGGCAGUCCCUGGACUCAUUCGCCGAGGCAGGCUCCAUCACCACAGAGUACCUGGACUCGUCGAGUGAGACAGACUCCGUCACCACACCCCCCCCAGUUGUCACCACCAUGGAGUCAGAUGAGGUUCAUAGCCCCACAACCACAUUAGCUCCAGUGGAGCUGGACCAUCUUGAUGAUCUGACCGUAACAACCGCCACCACCACCACCACCUCCUCAGUAGAAGAGGAUGUUGAUGUUGAUGAGGAGGAGGUGACGGCCACCGAGUUUGCUAUCCAACAGCCACUGCCGUCUCAAAGAGCGGUGAUCAUACGGACGGGGAACAUCUCAGAUGCCUGUACGGAGAACCCAUGUGCUAAUGGUGGCACAUGUGUUGAGAGUGGAUCCACCACCAAGUGUCUCUGCCUACCAACCUAUGGAGGGGAUUUCUGCCAGAUAGAUAUGGAGCAUUGUGAGCCGGGCUGGGAGAAGUUCCAGGGUUUCUGCUACAGGCACUUUGUGAAGCGUCAGAGCUGGGAGGUCGCGGAGCAGCACUGCCGUAUGUGCGGGGGCCACCUGGUGUCAGUCAUGAGCCCAGAAGAGCAGAAUUUCAUCAACGAUAGGUACAGGGAAUACCAGUGGACCGGACUAAACGACAGGACAAUCGAAGCAGACUUCCGCUGGUCUGAUGGAAAUCCUCUGCUUUAUGAGAACUGGUACCGCGGGCAGCCCGACAGCUACUUCCUGUCUGGGGAGAACUGCGUGGUGAUGGUGUGGCAUGAUGACGGGCGCUGGAGCGAUGUGCCUUGCAACUACCACCUCUCGUACACCUGCAAGAAGGGCAUCGCCUUCUGUGGACAGCCCCCUACUAUCCUACAUGCAAAGAUGUUUGGCAAGCGGCGCCUCCGCUAUGAGACCAACGCCAAGGUGCGCUACUACUGCGAGGAGGGCUACCUCCAAAGGCAGAACCCAGUCAUCAAAUGCCUCCCCAACGGCCAGUGGGAGGACCCUCAGAUCACCUGCACAUCAGCCUCCCCUGAGUCAGCGGCCACUGUGCCGACGUCUGUGGGUACGGAGAUGAUGGUGGAGGACACAACGACAGAGAAGGCCUCGCCACAGUUUUGGGACAUCAAGUGGAGCUUCUAAGAACCUCACAGGAACCCAACAGAACUUCCUCAUUCAUCCAUCCAUAAUUCAUUAUCAUCCUAAGACCCAGGAGACCCUCAUCUAUCACAUAGUCAGAAGCCUCACUGUCACCCAGCGUUUUUAGCAUUCUUGAAAGCUGCACAUUCUUCCAUCACCAGCAAUAUACAGGCCACAGGAUUACAUAUUGUAUAUUUUCCCAUGACACGGAAUUACAAAGAUAUUCGUAAUUCUAAGAUAUCAGUCGCAACACAGCAGUGACCACUCAUUUGCUAAUUUGUUCGCUCACAAGAUGUUUAGCAGAUAGAAGACACAAUUUCAAAAAAAGAAAAAACAUCUCAAAAUCUCAGUUUAAAGCGUUCCAUUUCUGGGAGAAUGGGUUUUCUUAAUCUGAAACUGCCGUACAGGUGCUAAGGCAAUGUUGGCCAUGCUGAUACAGCACAACGAGAGCGUGAGCUCCUAAUCUCAGCCGGUGCAACUCUAAUUAAACAACUUCAUCAUUACGUCUUCAUUUCAUUCCACUUUUCAGAAUGGAGAUUUCUGAUUCCAUUCUUCAGCCAGCGGUGUUCCCCGUCUCCUUCAUAUUUCUACCGAGUCAUCAUCUCUAUCUGGUGCUGUUAUUCAGGUCUGUCAGAAGCUGAGGCUGAUGGCAGGUCUACUGCUGUAUGUAAUUAUCAGUUUUGAUUGACUAACAUGCCAGAGACAGCAGAACCAAGACACUGUAGUGUUGUUGUUUGUUAUUGUUAUUGUUGUUGUUGUUAUUAUUGUCAAGUCCAUAGAUGGGUUUUGAAAACAAGUCAAGACAAAAAGAGAAUGACCUAAAAUGCACUCAAUUUUUCUUACGUGGAAGUGUUUCUUGCAAGCACUGUGGCACAUUCUAAUGACUUUUAAAAACAUAUUUUCCUGUUGUGUUUCACUUAACCUGAAAUCCUGUUUUCUAUUCAGUCCUGAUAGAAAUGAAUGAUAACAUGAACUGUAUUUCCCCCCCACUCUCCCUAGUUCUGCAAUGCUUUGAAAUUCUUUUUUUUAGGUUAAGAUCACCUAAAAAACAAGACAAAAUAAACAUCUAACACUCA